GUGGUGAAAACGGAGUGAUUCUCUUUGGGCAAAAUCAAAAUCUGUGAUCAAAAUGUCAAUUUUGUCGUCGCCUGUCGUGUCGUUUUUAAAAUUUUGAAUUUCAUGUUAGUUGUUAUUGUGUUACCUAUUAAUUUUAGCAAUUCAUUACUAACAUGACCUCAUAUUCCUUACAAAUUGGCUCUAAUAAAUGACUUAAGACACAGAUUUUCUUAUAAAUAACAAAGGGAUUCAUUUAACCUAAGGACGCAAUGGAAGAACCAAUUUUACGUUACGAGAAGAUUGAUUUCUUGGGAGAGGGUCAGUUUGCAACAGUGUACAAAGCCCGCGAUGUAAAAACGGAUAAAAUAGUUGCCGUUAAGAAAAUUAAAAUUGGAUCAAGAUUGGAAGCCCAAGAUGGAAUAAACAGAACUGCUCUUCGAGAGAUUAAAUUGCUGCAAGAAUUGCAGCAUAUAAACCUUAUUGGACUUUUAGAUGUGUUUGGACAAAAAUCAAAUGUUUCGUUGGUAUUUGACUUUAUGGAUACUGACUUAGAGAUAAUAGUUAAGGAUAGUAAAAUUGUAUUGACUCCAGGAAAUGUUAAAGCUUAUAUGAUUAUGACUCUUAAAGGUUUAGAAUAUUUACAUCAGAACUGGAUAUUACACAGAGAUUUGAAGCCAAACAAUUUACUUAUCAAUAGAGAAGGAAUCUUGAAAAUUGGUGAUUUUGGAUUGGCAAAAGCUUUUGGAUCACCAACCAGGAUAAACACUCAUCAAGUGGUCACAAGAUGGUACAGAUCACCAGAACUGCUGUUUGGUGCAAGACAAUAUGGCACUGGGGUGGACAUGUGGGCCGUGGGCUGCAUUCUAGCAGAGCUGCUACUCAGGGUGCCCUUCCUGCCUGGGGAGACCGACCUUGAUCAACUGUCGCGGAUAUUCCUAGUAUUUGGAACUCCUACUGAAGAAACAUGGCCGGGCAUGAAGAGCUUGACAGACUAUGUGCAGUACAAGAUGUUCCCGGCGCAGCAGCUGCGGCACAUAUUCAGCGCGGCGUCGGACGACCUGCUGGAGCUGCUGGAGAGCUUGCUCGCGCUGUACCCGCCGCGCCGCUGCGACUGCACGCAGGCGUUGCAGAUGCCGUACUUCAGCAAUAAACCAGCCCCCACUGUAGGGCCAAAACUGCCAAUGCCCACUAAUCUAUCUAUGAAAAUGGAAUCGGAAAAACCAUCUUUGAAGAGAAAGCUAAUUGAAAAUGUUGAAGGUGGUGCGCUUGCUAAAAAGCUUCUUAAGUUUUAAGGCUCCAGUUCUAAGUCCAAUUUAUUCAUUGGACCACAUCUUAGAUAUUAAUAGAACCGAAGUAGAGUUUGGAGAUCAGAAAAUGUAAAUUAUAAUAAAUGUCAAGGGUUAUUUUUGUUAUUAUCAAGUGUAAGACUGUGAACACUGCCAUAA